AUGGUUCUCUUCGCCGUCGCCCUCACCGUGACCUCGGCGUGCGCCAUCAACGUCGGGAAGGGGAUGCAGAAGAAGGCGGCGAAGACGCUGCCGCGGUUCGGGUUGACCUCGGUGCGGACGUACGUGAGCGACCGCGCGUGGCGACGCGGGUUAGAAUUGGAUAUUCUCGGCGGCGCGGGAAUGUUACUGGCGCUGUCGAUCGCCCCGAUGAGCGUGGUGCAGCCGGCGAGCGCGAGUGGGGUGGCGAUUUUGGCGGUGGUGAGUCACGUGUACCUGGGAGAGUCGUUGUCGAUGCGAGAGUGGCGAGGGGUCGCGAGCUGCGCGCUGGGCAUCGUCGUCUUGUCGAGAUUCGCAGAGGGCGGCGGCGAUACCGCACCGCUGGGUGGAGGACGGUUGUUCUUCGCGGUGAUUCUUGGAAUAGUUUUCUUCCUGACGCCGAGCGUGGUGCUGAGGAGAUAUAGCGCGGGAAUCACCGCGACGGACGCGAAGCGGUACGAGUUGAUAAAAGUCGGCGCGCAGUGCGGGAUGAGCUUCGCGCUGAGCGCGGCGUGCGUGAAGAUUGGGAUGCGAUAUUUGCAUAAUUGGCUCCUGUUAAGGGCACCGGUGGCGUUCAGCGUCGGCGCGGCGCUCACGGCGCUCGGUUUAUAUUUCCAAACCAAAGGUUUGCGAGACGGGAGCUCCAUCGUCGUCGUCUGCGUCGCCGGCAACGUCGCCCAGAUGUGCGUCGCCGCCGUGUACGGACUCAUGAUCUUAGGUGAACCCGUGCCGCACACGGUGUUCUCACUCCUGGGAUGGAUCACGAGCUGGGCGUUCAUCAUGUACGGCGUCAUCGCGCUCGGCGGGUCAGAUUCGGGCGCGGCGCUCGCCGCCGCGCGCGACGUCCGCGGUCAAGCCGUGCUCCCCGUAACCGCCAUCGGUCCCGGUGCGCACCCGCGCGCCAAGCUCAACGUCCACUGA